CCAAAAAGUUGCAUGCUGGGAAGAUGGGCGACACUGAGGAUGCUAACGUCGUUAGUAACGUGGACUGAGAGGACGGGGAGCCAAGUCGUUCUUGCGGCAAAUGACAUCAAUCGUGUUUCCAAGUGUAGAUUCGUCCAAGCUACCAAGUCUUCGUCGAUAGAACACCACCACCCAUCUGGAUAUCCCUCUCCUGCGUUGACAUCAUUGCCAGUACUUGACUUUACUUCUGGGAAGAGAGUUGUACUUUUCCUGCUUGGUGGUGUUGCCUGUUCUGUCAUCUCCUUCAGGUGAUGGAAAUGACACUGCCUACAUGGUAAGAUUCAAGCUGUCAUUCACAACAGACCUGGAGAAACACCAACCUCACAUGGCUGGAGAUUGCCACAGCACUCGACCGGAGGUUUUAAGGACCUGAAGUGCCUUCCUAGACCUGAGAGGGGUGAAGUGUGGGCUUUGGUCAGCAACUUGCUGAAGGAAGAGAGGCCUGCACAGCAACUUGAUAAAGCAACAGUCAGAGCUGCUAAAGAAGAAAGCUGCUUCUGAGUUCUUCUGAGUCUGACUCUGAUGAAUAGGAGGAGUCCAUGGAGAAAUGUAUGGAAUGUUACAAAGCAGAGCCCAGCAUCAUCAUGGAGGACUGUCCACUACAGUGGAGGUCACAGCAUGCAGGGCCUGCAUUGCACGAAGGUGUAGUGUGCAGUGCCCCAGCGGUGGACUAGCCCGUGUACUAUGCUGUGGCUGCACUCCGGCCCGGGCCUCCUGAGCUGCGGCAGCAUCAUCAUCCCCUCUCCCCUCUGCCCACGACACGCCUGCCGCCCUAGUGUCCUUGCCCUCGCCGGCAUGUACGCUACCCGCCUGUACAGCUCAGGAGGUGGGGGAGGAGGAGGGGGAAAGCCAGGGCACUGGCCGGGCCUGGGGGGUAGAGGGCUGCCCAUGCUGGAGAACCACCACCCCCACCACGUGCACCCUCCAACCCCCAGCUACCCGCCCCUCUACCAGGGGCGCCCUGACCCUCACCGGGGGCCCCACUUCCACAGUCACCAUCACCAGCAGCACUACCACCCGCACCUGCCCCCCUCCUCCGCCUCCCCCAUCCCUCUGUACACCCACCUGCACCACCACGCCACUGUUGGCGCCGCUGGCAACAAGAAGAAGACGUGGAACUUCAUCCACGAGAAGAUGAGCUACGACACCUUCUUCACCAUGAAGAGGCUGAUAGAGCGCUCGCAUCGGGGCGAUGAGGUGCUGCGCUGGGUGACGCAGAACCCGGGCAAGAUCUCACACAACCACUACCCCAUCGCCCUGCAGAAGAUCGGCCAGCUACUACAGGCCGGGGCUGCAGGAGGGGGCGGUGGUGACUCGGAGGCAGCCCUGGUUCCCAGAGCCGGUGGAGGAGCUGAGAACGAAGGCAGACAGAUCCUGGAGCACCAGGAUUUCCAGACACUGUGCAAAGCCAUCGUGAGCGACUGUGUCAAGUUCGACAACUUCAGCAUCGUCAACUGCCUGUACGCUGUGGCUGCACUAGGCCUUCCCAGCGACUCGCAGGUGGUGCAGGUGCUGGAGGCAGAGUCACAGUCGCGGCUGGACCAGUUCAACCAGAAGGAUGUCUCCAUGGUGUUCAGCUCCAGCAUGAAGCUGCACCCCAGCAGCCAGCACCCCCUGACCGAGGCCUGCCUCGCAGGCUUGGAGAAGAACCUGGAGCGGGAGCGCCACCCGCAGACCCUCUUUCUGCUACUCUCCUACUACCGGCUCAAGUGGCACUCGCUGCAACCCACCGACACUACGGCGGCCGGGAACGUCGCCAAUGUACGCCCCAACCCAGAGCAGCUUCUGGCCAACAGGAAGAUCCUGCGACUGGUCAAACACACACUGGCUAGCGUAAGUGGUGUGCGCGACCCGGAGAUGGCGCUGCUGGAUGAGAUGCUGGCUGUGUGUGCACGUGAAGCUAGCAACAAGAGCCUAGAGCUCAUCUUCAGCUCGCACCUCUUCUACCAGAACAGGCAGGAGAGGUUUGUGUGCAGCCUGGCUGAGCAACUGCCUGAAAAAGUGGACAGCAUAACCCCAUUCACCAUGGCCCUCAUUGCCAAAUACAUUGCCCGCCACCGGCUCAGAGAGGUUCGACUUCUUGACACCAUCGCUGAUUUUCUGGUCAAAAAGGGUGAAUACCUGGACAGCAAGGUUAUCCAGAAGCUGGUGUUCCCCUUCAGCCGGAUGAACUACCUGCCGUCCAACAAGGUCCAGUUCUUCUCCAAGCUGGAGGUGGUGCUGGAGCUUAAGGCCCUGAGCUCCCCGUUAGCCACCGUCAACAUCCUCAUGUCCCUGUUCCAGCUGGGCCACUUUCCCGGCCUGGUGCUGCACAGGGUCUUCUCCACUGCCUUCAUCAGCAACGUCACCAACAGUCCUUAUGCUCUCAUCGUGCUUCGCUACUUGUCUCUGUUGGACGCAGCGGUUGAACUGGAGUACCAGGACUACACCGGUCCACGGCUCCAGGACCUGCACAAGGUGCUCAUGUUUGACCAUGCGCUGACCGCUGAUGAGGUCAACCGCAAAUACAGCUACAAGGGUCUUGUAGCUGAAGCCCUCAGACAAUUGGUUGGAGAGCAUGGCUACAAGCAAGAUGAAGUCCUGGCCCCUGGGUAUUACACAGACUUCCUGCUGUGGAUUGAUGGCUCUGGCCGAGUUCUCCCUAUCCGGACAGGGGCAGGAACCUCCCUAGGUAUGGCCCCCAAAACCCCAGAAGGAUCCGUAGCCGUGACAGCCCUCACUUCAGACUUUCAAAAGUUCUCCCCCUUCGCCCCACUAGAGGUAGGGAGGGACCAGCGACCCGUCGAGGGGGAUGAUGCGGUGAACUUUCUGCCCUACCACAUGCAGCAAGGGGCAAACCCUCCCUCGGCCCAGAGGACGGGCCCUAACGGCGGGGGCCCUCUGGACUACAACCCUUACUACACGUCGGCCGAUUACUACUACAGCCUGGCCAAGGAGCACUCUUUGGAGAGCCAAGACAGCUCCACGCUCAGCAGCCCUCCCUCAGACAGCCUGGCACAUCCAGGGGCCUCCGGGGUAGGGGGAUCUGCCACGGCUGCCCCCAAUUCCCUCUUCCAAUUCUCCAUUGGAAAAAUCCUGGAGGAUGAGGGAGGGGUGCAGGUGGGGCCGGCGAGUCAGGGGCUCAACUGCGAGCUUCCUGCAUUCUAUGAGGCAAACGGGGACGUGAAGCCCACCUCACCACUUCAACUGCACCCGGCUGAUCGAGCUGGGGACCAGCAGCAGCUCAAGAGAGUGGUUAUGUCGGUGAAUGACAAGUGGCACUACUGUCACAACUCUGAGGUGCUGGUGGGCUCCCGGGCCAUGAGAGACCGUCACCUGCUGCUCCUGGGAUACGUCAUUCUGCAGCUGCCCUAUCAUGAACUGGAGAAGCUGAAUGGUAUAGAGGAGGUGAAGCAGUACCUCCACAAAAAGCUCCUGGAGGUCCCCUUAUGACAACAAAAGACUUGAGUGUGUGUUUGUGUGCGCGAGUGUAUGCCAUUUUGGCGGCUUGGAAUAGGACGGUUAUUGGUGGGAUUGGGAAAGGGGGCUUUGUUUGAGGUGGAAGACAAACCCUGGUCAAAGUCUAAAAUGGAAGAUUUUCUGGCAACUUGCAUUUAUCAAAAUGGCGCCAGCCUAUUUGCAACCAGUCAGGUCCCCAGUUGAUGCCAUGUGUAGUGUCAGGUUGCCACACUUGUUGUCAAUGCAAUCUUGUCAUUGUCACUUCACAACGGUUCAAAUCUAAUUUUAUUGGUCACGUACACAUAAUUUGCUAAUGUUAUCGCCAGUGUAGCAAAAUACUUAUGUUCAUAGCUUCAACAGUACAGUAAUGCCUAAAAAUACAAAAACAGUACACGCAAAUCUAAAAGAAAGGAAUUAAGAACUAAAUAAAUAUUAGAACGAGCAAUGUCAGUCCGAAACCCCCCAAAAUACACCAUAUAUACAAAAGUAUGUGGACACAAUGAGUGGAUUUGGCUAUCUCAGCCCCACCUGUUGCUGAAAGGUG